AUUUGUCAUCUAGUUUUGUUAAAAGAUGCCCACUACCGAUCCUCGUCCUUGUGAUCUGCUUUUAGUAUUUGCUCCAGAGCAACCAAGCACACAGUCACUUGAAAUGGACAACUUAAGCAUUCCUACUGUUGAUCUGUCACAUUUCUUUAGAGAUGGUGACGAAGAUGGCAAGAAUAAGGCCAUAGAAACAAUCUCCCAAGCUUGUUCUGAGUAUGGAUUCUUCCAAAUUGAGAACCAUGGAGUUCCCGUCGAUUUGAUGAACCAAGCUCUCAAGCUCUCCAAGGAAUUUUUUGAUUUUCCAGAUGAGGUGAAACGCCUGUCAAGUCCUGGCCCAGAUGCACCACUCCCUGCAGGUUAUAGUAGGCAGCCAGACCACUCACCAGACAAAAACGAGUACGUUUUGGUCUUUCCACCAGGGUCUAGCUUCAAUGUCUACCCCACAAACCCUCCUGGAUUCAGGGAGGUGGUGGAAGAGAUCUUCUCUUACUUGAUUAAGACAAGCUUCAUCAUAGAGAGCAUUUUAAAUGAGUGUCUGGGUCUCCCUCCAAACUUCCUUAAAGAAUUCAACCAUGAUAGGAGCUGGGAUUUCAUGGUAGCUUUGCGUUAUUUUCCGGCGACCGAAAAUGAGAACAACGGAAUAACAGAACAUGAAGAUGGAAACUGGUUCACUUUUGUGUUCCAGGAUGAAGCUGGAGGAUUAGAAGUUCGGAAGAACGGAAAAUGGAUUCCUGUAACUCCUGCAAAGCAUAAUAUAGUGGUCAACGUUGGUGAUGUUAUCCAGGUGCUGAGCAACAAGAAGUUCAAAAGUGCAACCCACAGGGUGGUGAGACCCGAAGGAAAAAGCAGAUACUCGUAUGCAUUCUUCUACAACUUGCAAGGAGACAAAUGGGUUGAGCCAUUGCCUCAGUUUGCAGGAGAGAUUGGAGAGGCACCCAAGUACAGAGGUUUCUUUUUCAAGGAGUAUCAGGAGCUGAGAUUGAGAAACAAGACCCAUCCUCCUUCUAGACCUGAGGAUGUCAUCCACAUUACCCAUUAUGCAAUCAAUAAUUAGCCAAACAAGAAAUGUUUUGGUCCCUCCAGAAGGGGCAAACUUUAUCAAAAAAGGGCUGGAGUUGUUAGUUUGAUGAGAAAAUGUUAGAGUGAGUUUUUACUUUUGAUGCAAAAGGCUGUUUUAAGUUUGAUA